AUGCGCGCGGCAUGCCUGCUCCUCAUCCCCGCGUUCGCGAGAUCGCGCGACUCCCUGGAGACGAUCCUCGCGCGCAUCGACCCGCCGACCUUUCCACCGAGAGAUUUCUAUGUCCACCACUACGGCGCCGUACCCGACGGGUCCACGGACGCGCUGGAAGGCUUCCGCCUCGCCAUCGCCGCGGCCCGCGACGCCGGCGGCGGCCGCGUCGUCGCCAAGGGCGGGACCUUCCUCCUCAGGGGCGGGCUCGACCUCUACGACAACGUGCAGCUCUACGUCGCCAAACGGACGACGCUGCGCUGGGCCGCGGACCGGACGGGGUUCUUGCCGGCCGUGCUCACGAAGUUCGAGGGCACGGAGCUCUUCAACUACCAUCCGCUCAUCCGCGCCUUCGAGGCGGAGAACGUGUCCGUCGUCGGCGCGGACCCCGCGAAUUCCGUCUUGGACGGCGGCGGCGACGGCUGGCCGCUCAAGGCGCCCAAGGACGCGAAGAAGCUGCGCGAGCUCGGCGCGUCCAACGCGCCCGUCGAGGCGCGCCAGUUCGGCGGCAAGGGGCUGCCGCCGAGCUUCGUCCAGCCCUUCCGAUGUCGACGGGUGUCGCUCGCGAACUUUAGCCUCGUCAACGCGCCGUUCUGGGCGGUCCACCCCGUCUACUCGGAGAACGUCUGGGUGAGGAACCUGCGGGUCAACACGUCCUGGGACCGGCCGAACACGGACGGCGUCGACCCGGAGGCCUGCAAAGACGUGCUCGUGGAGAACUGCGUCAUCUCCGCGGGCGACGACGCCGUCGCGCUGAAGACGGGCCGCGACGCGGACGGCUGGCGCGUCGGCGUCGCUUCCGAGAACAUCGUCGUCCGGCGGAACGUGCUCGCGAGCCGCUUCAACGGCAUCUGCGUCGGGUCCGAGGUGUCCGGCGGCGUCGACAACGUCUUCUUCCUCGAGAACCGCAUCGAGCGCGCGUUCCACGCGAUCUUCGUCAAGUCGAACUCCGAGCGGGGGUCCUUCGUGCGCUACGUCCACGUCGCGCACGUCAAGGCCUACGACCUCGCGGGCGACUGCAUCCACUUCACGAACGACUACAAGGGCGUCCGCGGCGCGAGGCCGACGACCUUCGAGAAGUUCGCGUUCAAGGACGUCAUCUGCCGGAGCGCGGUCUUCGCGAUCCGCGCGACGAGCCUCGCGGCCUCGCCCAUCGCCGACGUCACGAUCAGGGACGUCAUCGUCAAGAGCACGAUGCGCACGACCCCGGACCACCCCGUCUCCCACCCCGUCGCCGUCGCGAACGUCGCGAACUGGGAGGUCGCGAACCUCCGCGUCAACGGCCAGGCCGUGGACCUGUCGAACCGGGCGACGGUCGCGUACCGGAAGUAUACGCCGAGUUAG